AUGCAUGUGUUGGAGCAGGCUAUGAAUGGACAACAAGAAGAGUUUGAAGCGGCUCUAAGAAAGCUAAGAGGAAAAGAUGCAGAUAUUUCAUAUGAAAGGUCGACAAUACAAGAGUAUUUGGACAUCCUUGAAACGCUUCCCAAAGCAACAUUUAUUAACUUAUUUGAUACAUCAAAUUAUCGCGCAGUUAUUAUUUCUGUCGGUUUGAUGGCUUUUCAGCAGUUUGUGGGAAUUAAUGGAAUUAUUUUCUAUUCAACCGAGAUUUUUAAAUCUGCAGGGUUUAAUCCCAGUCUUGGAACGAUUCUCUUUGGCAUUUUACAGGUUGGAGUAACUGCAGGAGGUGCACUUUUGAUAGAUAGAGCUGGUAGAAGACCCCUUCUAAUGAUGUCUGCCUCUGGUUUGCUUUUGGGAAGUCUACUAAUUGCAUUUUCAUUCCUUUGCAAGGCUCAUACUCUGGCACUAACUUUGGUCCCAAACCUUGCAUUUGUUGGUGUUUUGGUUUACAUAGCCUCCUUCUCAAUAGGCAUGGGGGCAGGUCCUUGGCUCAUUAUGAGUGAGGUGUUUCCUUUACAUAUAAAGGGAUUAGGUGGAGGUUUAGUUACACUCGUUAAUUGGUUUGGUUCUUGGGUUAUUUCUUACACUUUCAACUUUCUCCUGUUGUGGAGUGGACAUGGAACAUUUUUCCUAUAUGCAUUUGUUUGCUUACUUGCUAUCAUCUUCAUCUACCAAAUUGUCCCGGAAACAAAAGGAAGAAGCCUCGAGGAAAUUCAUGCUUCACUCAAUUCAUGACUCAUUGUUUCCGAAUGAAUUCUACGAUAUUAACUCUUACACCUUCAACUCAAUCACAAAUUUUCUACAAAUUCUUCUUGUUUCUUAGCUUCCUCUAAUUUAAUUACAACUUAGUACCACAAAUCUCUAAUUUUAUA